AGAAAUACCAUUCUGGCCUUGGUAGCCAUGAUCAGAGCAGGUUUGGCCAUUGUAACACACCGCCACAGACUGGCCCCAAUUCACCCUGGCCACCCAUUCGCAGCUACACUAACAUUAUCACCAUAACGUGCGACCGCCAAAAAAAUUUUAUUGAAAAAUUCCCAGCAACCUCUCUCUUUAACUACUACAAAAUGGUCAAGUUAACGCAAAUCGACGACGAAUCCAACGCUGCCUUCAGCCAGCCUGAAGCCACCACCGUGCCAAAAACCGAAUCCUACAGCGACAGCGAAUCCGAGAGCGACAGCGACGUGGAAGAUGACUUUGACUACGAAAACGAAACCAUCUACGACAGAAUCGUGGCCUUGAAGGACAUAAUUGCACCAGAACAAAGAGUGAAGAUCUCCUCUUUCUCGGAAUCCGUGAAGUCCUACGUCAACUGUGGAUUGAACAAGAGCGGUACCUUAUUGUGGGCCUUGACCUCCUCGGCCUUGUUGUUAGGUGUCCCAUUAUCCUUGGCUAUCUUGGCUGAAACCCAAUUGCAAGAAAUGGAAAACCAACUCUCCUUACAGCCAGGUGCCCAAGAUGUGUUGGCUGCCGGUGCCGAAGCCGAAAAGAAGCCAUCUGCUUAAUGAGUUAUCUUGUACAUACCUGAUGCGAGUCGGCGGAUGACAUUCUACAAGGCUCGAAUCUAUAAUGAUCUCUUUAUGUAUCUAUACUUCCUGAU